AUGGCAGCAGUCAAGGGUCGACCACCACGCGAAUUUGUUGUGGACCCCUCUGCCAAUAUCGCAGCCGAUUUCGACCUAUGGCUAGAGGACUUCGAAGACUAUCUCGAUAUCGCUAAGGUCGCAGACGCAGGGGAAAAGAAGAAACUGCUUCUAAACCUGGCAGGCCUAUCUCUUCGCCGCAUUGUGAAGGGUCUCCAGGUCGCAGAACCCUCUGGUGACCAGGACGCGUGCCAAGUCUUGAAGGCCGCAAUCCAAUCGUACUUUCGCCCGUCGGUAAAUGCAACUGCGGAGCGUCACAGAUUCAGGAAACUCAGGCAGAAGUCUGAUGAGUCCGUCACCUCUUUCAUGGGACGGCUCCGAGAAAAGGCGGCACUUUGCGAGUUUGACUCGACUGCAGUGGACUCGGUUGUGAAUGGCCAGCUUCGGGACCAGUUCAUAGCCGGACUGCAGUGCCAGGAGGCACGCAAGCAGCUUCUAAUGGAGUCAAGACUAACGCUAGCUGAUGCUAUCGCGAAAGCUGUCGCAUUAGAAGCCUCAAAGGUUGACAAUAGGCUGUUCAGUGAGGAAGCAGGAAGGACACUGGACAUGCCUUCGGGAGGUGUGGCAGCCGUAGCACCGGAUACGGCUGCGGUGAAUAUGGUGAAACACCGUCAGCACGGCAGAAGCAAGGCUCACACGUGCAAGUACUGUGGCGGAACCCAUCCACCAGGCAAGGACAAUUGCCCGGCUGCGCGAGUUCGCUGCAGACACUGCUCAAAGGUCGGGCACUUUGAAGUCGCCUGCCUGUCCAAGAGCAAGGAAGUUAGAGCCCAGACUAUUGGCGAGGAGGAUGAAGCCGAUGAAAUUUGCGAGUCUGUGUAUACCAUGCACACUGAUCAGAAACACUGGUUCACAGCAGCUCUGCAGGUGGAUGGAAAAUCAUGUGAAGGCCUGCUCGAUACUGGUGCAACGAGAACAAUUUUGACAUCGGACAUAGUGCAGCCUACUCGUCGCAGUGACCGAACUCUCCGUGCCUACAACGGGGGAGUUGUCAGCACACUGGGGAUGGCAGACGUCACCCUAUCAUCUGCCAGUCGUAGCUGCACUGUGGCCUGUUUCAUUGUACCAAAGGGCUCCCACCGAGUGCUAUUUGGCCAGGACGUGAUCAAGGAACUCGAGCUACUAGUGCCAACCCACCUGGUGGAGUCUGGAAAUGUGGUCAGCGUUGCACCAGUCAGCAUUACCGUCAAGCCAGAUGCAGUGCCUGUCGCUCUGCCAGCUCGGCGUCCCCCUUUCAGCAUCAAGUACGAGAUAGAAACAGAACUUCAGCGGUUAGUCGAUGCUGACAUCAUCAAGCCGGUGAAAGAGGCUGCGGCAUGGGUUUCCCCAACCGUGCCAGUUCGCAAACCCAGUGGCAAACUGCGUUUGUGUAUCGACCACAGGCAGCUGAAUAAGAAUGUUGUCCGAGAGCGACAUGUCCUGCCAACCCUGGAUGAGAUAACAGCGCAGCUGGACGGAGCGCAGGUGUUCUCAGUCCUCGAUUCAGAGUCGGGAUUUCACCAAAUUGAGCUUGACCAGGAGUCGCGUCCACUGACGACUUUCGCGGCCCAUUGUGGGCUUUAUCGCUUCAAGCGUCUGCCAUUUGGUAUUGCCAGUGCACCAGAAAUGUUCCAGCGCGUGGUUUCGGAUAUUUUGGCGGGGCUCCCAGGAGUGAUUGUCUACAUUGACGACAUUCUUGUGUUUGGAAGCAGCCAGGAAGAGCAUGACAGGCGUCUCGCAGCAGUCCGGCAGCGCCUGGAAGCAGCAAAUCUCCGGCUCAAUGCAGACAAAUGCCAGUUGAGCAAGUCCAGCGUCAAGUACAUUGGCCACUGGCUGUCGGGCACCGGCGUGGCUCCCGACGGUGAGAAGCUGCAGGCCAUUGCAGACAUGGCUAUGCCUAAGUCGCUUCAGGAUGUGCAACGUUUCCUCGGAAUGGUAACCUACCUCGGAAGAUUCAUUCCAGAUAUGUCGUCCAUCUCCGAGCCGGUGAGACGGUUGGCAAAGCGUGUGCCCUUCAUUGUGGAUAGCGAAUUCUGCAACGCGUUCAGCGACGCUAAGAGGCAGCUGGUGCAGGCACUGGACCACCUGGCCUACUUUCGUUUGGACCCAAACGUUCCAACGGCCAUAAGCUGUGACGCAUCGCCUUGUGGCCUGGGAGCAAUUCUAUGGCAGCAGAAUUCUAGUGGUCAAUGGCUACCAGUGACAUGUGCCAGCCGCACUCUCACAGAGGUAGAAACUCGAUAUUCGCAGAUGGAGAGAGAAAUGCUGGGAGUCGUGUUUGCGCUGCAACGCUUCCGGCAGUACGUGCUCGGGCGACACGUCGAGGUGCAUACUGACCACCAACCCCCGAUAUCCAUAGUGCAGAAGCCGUUUGAUGAUGUACCUCCCCGGCUACAGCGUUGGCUGGUGUCUCUCAUGCCCUACACCUACAAGUUGGUGCACGUACCAGGAAAGCAGCUCUUGUGCGUGGAUGCUUUAUCCAGGGCUCCACUACCUGGCCACGCCCCUUCGACUGCUGAGACAAAGUCUAUGGCCGAGUUUGUUGGCAUGGUGCUAGAGGCCUGUCCAGUAGACCUGGAGCAGGUUGCACAGGCCACGCAGGACGACUCUAUUCUACAUAGUAUUCUGCAACGAGUGCUGACGUCCAGAUGGGAGGCUGUGAGUGCAAGUGAAGAGGCAUACUUGAUCGUACGCGAUGAGCUCUCAGCCUCAGAAGGUGUCGUGCUUUUCAACGCAAGAGUGGUCAUCCCGGAAGCGCUUCGCACUGCAGUUAUGGCGUUGGCACAUGAGGGGCACCCAGGUCGAGCUGCAUUCCUGGAAUCUCUCCGACGUCGAGUUUGGUGGCCCAGUGUCACAAAAGAUGCCACAUUGUACGCCGAGCGCUGCUCGGAGUGCUAUAGGAAACAUAGCAACUCGCAUCAGGAGCUUCUCCCUUCUGAGAUUGAAGGUGUAUGGGAGAAGCUCGCAGUAGACCUGGUGAAUGUGGAAGGACAUCAACUGCUUUCCAUCAUUGACUAUGGCUCGCGCUACCCGGAGGUGAUCCUACUGCAAAGCACGUCAACCACCAGCGUUGUGAGUGCAUUAAUGGAGACGUUCGCAAGGUUCGGCUUGCCAGCACAACUGGUCUCGGACAAUGGUCCCCAGUUUGCUGGCAGAGAGAUGGCAACGUUCCUCCAACGCCUAGGGAUCCGUCACGUUAAAUCGAGCCCACGCUACGCUCGGUCCAAUGGCAUGGUUGAGCGUUUUCAUCGCUUACUGAAGGAGCGGAUGGCAGGGCUUAAACCACAUUUACCGUUCAGCCGACGCCUGCAGCAAGUGUUGUUCGACGUCCUGGUCCGGCCGGGAUGCCAGGUGCAGCCAGAGGUAACACUGCAGGAGCGACAUCUGCGGCAGCCGAGCAUUCCUCACCCAGAUCGGCCACCUGCAAGUAUGCCACAGACGAGACGACAGGAGGAGCCUAAGUCAACUGGACACCCUGUGCAGCCCGGUCCUGUUCAUUCAGAAGCAGGUCCGACCGGAGUCGCCAGUGGAAGUACACCAGCCCCAGAUGCAUCACCAGCGCGACCGGAUGACCCUCCGGAGAGUCAGCGUGCCAACCUGGGAAGCCGAGUGGCUGGAGGGCCUGCCGGUGGUGGGGCUGUAUUCCGUGAAGGCAUCGUGACCCGUGCAGGAAGGAGCGUUCAGUUAUCACAGAAAGCAAAGGAUGCUAUGGGACUGGUGUGA